CAUUGAGAGUUCUAAUGGGGUUCAUGGACUCGGGUUCAUAGGCCCGGAAGCCAAAAAUAAAUCAAAAAUUGGGUUUAUUUCCGCGACCCGCCUUUUAGUACUGACCCCGUAUGAGCCUGGUUCAUGCCAGGUGUCACCCACCCAUUAGAGACGCGUUCGCGAGUUGACGAGGAGGAAAGCGGAGAGAAAACAUUUUCUCUCAUUUCUGAAAAAAAAGCUAGGGUUUCUCUCCGAAAGGCGAUUUUGGUGCGACGCUGACCGUUCUUCACUUUUCUCUAUCUAAUCGACGACGGAGUGUCUCCUCUACGAGCUCAGAUGGAUCCCGUGGAAGAUAGAAGAAAUACAAAGAGGCAAGAGGAGUACUACAAUAGGAUGGGAAACGUGGCCGAUUCAGAAUAUGGGAUUCCCAGAAGGUGUCCCUGUGGUGGGGGAAUCCGAGACGAGGUUCGCGUGAAGGAGGAGUACGACACUUUGCCUGGGAAACGCUUCUUCACAUGCAUCAACUACGAGGCUGAUGGGUUUCAUUACCGUCAGCCUUGGGUUAUAGGUGUGCAGGAGGAGAUCGAAAGUCUGCGUAGGCGGGUGGAGAAGGCUGAGCAGGUGAUCAAGUUGGUGCCCAAUCUCAAUAAACAUAUCGACACAGUUGAGGCAGAGGUUAACCGCCUCAGUUUGGUGGUUGAUAACCUCACUGCUGAGAUUUAUUCUCUCACUGUGCAGGUCGCAAAUCUGGAGAAGGUCUGCUUCGAAUAAAAACCUUAAGGUCACGGGUUGCUUGACUUGUGGAGGUGGAUGCUUGUACUUGUGUUGCAGGUCACGGGUUCACGCUUUCUCUGUUUCUUUUAUGUACUUGUCUUUUAGCUUUAUGUACUUGUCUUUUAGCUCUAUGUAUGUCGGGAAAGUGUAAAAUGUUGGAUCUUUCUACACUUCUAUGUUAUGUAAUCACGGGUGUAUGUACCCCUGAUAACUUCAUUCACCGGUGUAAACAUUGUCUCCCUAUAUAUAUUAUGUUUGUCACUUCUCUUUGGCUAUCAUUUAUAAAAUCUCCAAUGCAACUUCUCUUUCUUUCUCACUUGACUUUGUGAAACACAAAGUAUUUGUGUAUCUACCCACUCCUUGUAUUCAGGUAUGUAUGACACAUUUUAAUUAAGGUUUGUAUGAAACAAAAGAUAUAAUCACAUAAUAUCCAAUGCAACUUCUCUUUGUUUGCGUGUACAUUUUACAAAUAUAUUUGGUGAACCGCCAUGUGAUUUGAUUAUAUCUUUUUUUUGGCGACAUUUUCUUACAAGUAUUAUGUAUCUUUGUAUGAAAAAAUGAUAUAAUCACAUAAUAUAUUUCUAAUCAACCGUUGCUUUUUUUUAUAUGAAACACCGAACAUUUUGUUGUCUUAAAAUACAAUUUAAAGAAAUAUGUGAAACAAACAACAUUUUGUUUAAUUAAUAUGAUAAUAAUUUUUUUUUUUUUGAAUAUGUACAAAGGAUGUCUUCCUCAUCAAGUGAUGAAGUAGAUGAAGCUUUAGAUGAAAUUGUCGACGAAGUAGUCGAUAAUUACAUCGACUCAAUGGUUAAUGCUCAAACCAACAAGCCGAAGCGACGAAGUUAUAUCGAAAGAGAGCGGGAACUAGGACACAAACAACUAUGGAAGGAUUAUUUCGCGGAAAAUCCAACAUACCAGCCGGAAAUGUUUAGGCGCCGUUUUCGAAUGAACAAAACAUUGUUCCUUCGCAUAGUCCAAAGCCUAAGUACUGAACUGCCAUACUUUCAGCAAAGAAGAAAUGCUCAUGGAAGGUUGGGGCUAUCUGCACUUCAAAAGUGUACGGCAGCAAUACGUAUGCUGGCAUACGGACAAUCGGGAGAUAUGUAUGACGAAUAUCUCCGACUAGGUGAAAGUACUUCACGUUUAUGUUUGGAUAAUUUCACUAAUGGGAUUAUACAAUUGUUUGGAGCUGAGUAUUUAAGAAGACCUACCCCGGCGGAUCUUCAACGAUUACUCGAUGUUGGAGAGGCACGGGGGUUUCCAGGGAUGGUAGGCAGCAUCGAUUGUAUGCAUUGGGAGUGGAAAAACUGCCCAACGGCUUGGAGAGGGCAGUUUACACGUGGUUCAGGAAAGCCGACAAUUGUCUUAGAAGCUGUGGCAUCACAUGAUCUUUGGAUAUGGCACGCAUUUUUCGGUUUACCAGGUACUCUCAACGAUAUCAAUGUUCUUGAUCGGUCACCAGUUUUUGAUGACAUUUUACAAGGUCGAGCACCUAAAGUUAAUUUCAAGGUCAACAACCAAACCUAUCAUAUGGCAUACUACCUUACUGACGAAAUUUAUCCGCAUUGGGCUACAUUUAUCCAAUCCAUCCCACUUCCUCAAGGUCCUAAAGCAGUG